UAAAACCAUAAAAAUGAGUAAUAAAAAUCUAAAACAAUAGCAGACACAUCAGUGAGAUAUCCUUACACUUUAAAUCAGUGUAUGGAUCUUGUCAGCUGAGCCCGUUUUUGUCUAAUUGAUGUGAAAUUUGAGGAGCAAGCAGGUCUCAAUGUUUUGACCAUGUGUCGCAAUAUUUAGUGGGGGGCUGUCCUUCAACACUUGGACGUAGGACAUAGACCAUUGGUUGUCACCAUAAACCAUAUUCCACAGACAUGUUUUGCAAGUCCACAUCCACUCCACUGCAGUGUCUCACUGGGUUGGGACACCAUUUUUCCCAACCUAAGAUGGAUCCAAACAAAGCAGUCAAUAUUUUGCAUUGAUGGAACUUUUAGGAAUGUGUUCUGAUUUAAGUGAUUAGUUUUACUCUGAAUUGAAUUAAGCUUUUAACUUCUUUGAUACUUCUAAAGUCUAGUUUCGGAAAAUCUGAUGUGCUCUAGCACCUAUUUGUAGUGCUUCUAUAAAUAGGCCCCUGCUGGCUGACACAUGUGUGAUAGGCAGUUACAGAGAUUUUCUUCACAGACUGUGACUCUAAAGCAACACUGAAAACAUCUCAGUGGGGCUUUUACAUGGAUAACACCAGUAAAUUUGAGCGCUGAACCCUGAACAAACUGUGGACGUAACCACGGAGUAGUUUUAUACUGUGGGUGAUACAUUUAUCUUGGAUUUUACAUUUUUUGUGAAUUGCUUCAGUGGACAAUGACUUCCAGAAGGCCGAUGACUCGCACUUACUCUGGCAAUGGGAGGACAAGCAGCUUUGGUGAAGAGGAGGGCAGCUCUUCCAAUGGCCGUUCAGAAAGCCGCAAUACUUACCUCUCGAAUGUUAGGCCUGAAAACAGCUAUUCAAGGUAUUCUCACUACAGGCCAACGAGGAGCACGCUGUGCAGCGUCAUGGCUCAGCUGACCGAAGACAUACAACCCUCCUUUGAGACCACGCUGAAAUCAAAGGCAGUGUCAGAAAACUGUAACGUCAAGUUCACCUGUGUGGUAUCAGGUUAUCCAGCUCCAGAACUGAAAUGGUAUAAAGAUGACAUGGAAAUGGACCGAUACUGUGGACUCCCAAAAUACGAGAUUCGUCGUAAUGGAAAAACCCACACCCUCCAUAUUUAUAACUGCACAUUGGAUGAUGCAGCCAUCUAUCAGGUCUCAGCCAGCAACAGCAAAGGUAUUGUGUCCUGCUCUGGAGUCCUGGAAGUUGGCACCAUGAACGAGUACAAGAUCCACCAGAGAUUCUUCGCCAAGCUGAAGCAGAAAGCAGAGAAGAAAAAGAAUGACUUGGAUGCUCAAACCAAGAAGGAGGAUAAAGAAAACAUUCAGAAAGAGAAACAGCAGCGCAGUCCAGAACGUCCUCCAAGGAAGCGACACAUCCCACCACCCAGGGUGAAGGAGCCCGAGGCUGCAGAGCAAUUGGGAGCUACUGCAGAACCUAAUGGAGUUGACUCUGAAAUCAACAAAACAUCCCCUGUAACAACCAAAGACAGUGACUCCGACAAGGAGAGCUCUCCAUCUGAGAAAACAUUGGCCAAAAAGAAAAUUAAGAUCUCAAAUGGUGUAGAUGCUGCAGUUAGCAGCAGCAGCAGUAGCAGAGGCCAUAUAAUGGGGAAUGGAGGUGAAAACUGUUAUGAUGGAGGAAUCAGUCUGGCACAGUUUCUGGCAGAGACUCUCCAGUCCCAGGCUGCUGAAGAGAAGCAGAACUCAUCUCGAGGUGAGAAACAUAAAGAAACUGAUAUACUUAUCGUAAGUGUCGGUGAAGAGAAAGAGAGAGAGCAAGAGAGAAUGCGAAGAGAGAGAGAAGAACAAGAAAAAGCACAUGAGGAAGAGUAUGAGAGAGAGAAAAAGACAGAAGAAUUGGCUAUAGAGAGGGAGACAGAAGGGGAAAAGCCACUGGCGGGAUCGCACACUGUACCCUACACAAAACAUGGUUCAGAAGUCAAACAUCACAGCAAAGCACAUAAGGAUCAUGACCACCACAACAUCCAGGCCUCCAUCUCCUCUAUGCUCCACACAGUCAAAGACUUCCUCUUUGGUAAGAGUAAGAAGGAUUCUCACGAUCACAUUGCAAACAAGGAGAGAGAGUCUGACCACUUGUCUGCCUCAACACAGCUUCCUCAACAGGAAAUGCCGCCAUCGUUUCAGCUUCAACUUGAGAAUAAUAACAUGUGCAAAACUUUGGCAGAGGAUGUCACGCCAAUGGAAAUGGAUGAACCAAUGGAGCUUUCAGAAACUUUGGAUACAGAACAGUCAGUGGCACUGAAGCCUCACGAACAUAAGCAUGAAGACAGUGUUAUAGAACUUCCACCACCUCAUAAUUUGCCACCUGAGAAUGCAGAGGAGUCCACAGGUCAAAGUGUCAAGGAGGCUGAUGUGGCUGUGGAGGCCAUGGAGGUGUCUAUUGAGCCUGAGAGCAGCAGUCCUGGUGAAGAAAUACCAUUGUCUGAGCUUCAAGUUCUCACUGAGGCUGAUUCUCAGGUAGCCUCAGUUAUCAAAGAGGUCACAGCGCAAGAGCAAGAGUCACAUUGCCUGGUAGUUUCACCACAGCCCUGUAACCAGUCUAUAAGAGAUGAGAGUUCACCCAGGGAGGAUAAAUCUGUCUUGUCAAAGCCCCAAACCCCUUUUGAAGAAGAAUCCUCCCCCACAUCCACGCUCACUGGUGUGGAAGAAAGCUGGACUCCCCCCCACAGCAUUAUCUCAGUGUCAGACAGCCACAGCCUUGGAGAAGCACCCACUGAAACUUUACAAGAAGAACAGAUGAAUACUGACAUGCUGGGAAAAGAAGUUGAACCUGACACAGUGGAGGACCAUUCUUCCAAAAAGACAUCUGAGGAAGAGAAAGCUGAAGUGAAAUCAGACAUAGAGCCUCACAUUGCUAUAAGUAGAUCUGAGAUUACUGAAUUAAAAACAUCUUCGCCAGAAGAGAGAGCAGAGCCACGUGAAUCCAAAGCACCACAUCAGGUGCUUUUACCUCUUUCUACUGUGGCAGCAUACAGUGAUGAGAAAGAUGGUGAAGUGGAGACCGAACAAACUUCACAGAUUCAGGAAAUGAAUGUAGGAUUUCCGCCCGCUGUGGCCCCAGAGAGUUUAGAGAAGAGUGACCUAAAAAUACAACAAGAAUGUGCCUCUUCAGUAGUAGAGGAAAAAGUCUGCAGCCUUAGUGCAAUAUCGGGGGAAAACUCAAGUGACAGAAUAAGUGAAGUUAGAAGUGAAUUGACAGACAUAUUUAGUUCUGUUUUAGAGAAAGGUUUAGAGGGUAACUUGUGCCACAGUCUAAAAACACAAGAGGUGGCAAAUUUAAAAGGUGAGAGCACUGACGCAAGGAAUGAGAGUUUACAGUUUGAAGUGGAGAAAGAAGAGAAGGUUUCAUUGAAAGUAGAUAAUUUUGAUGUAUCAAAGAGUCUUUCAGUGACACAAAACAAGGAAGGUAAUGCUAAUGUUUUGGAGGAAUAUAUUAAUGAUGCACAGCGAAACAGCAGUGAGGGACAACAGAAUAGACUGUCAGAGAAUAUUCCACAAAUUCAAAUGUCUACUAAUGAAGACACCCCAGAUAUUAAAUCAACUGUGCCAGAUGUAAACCCAAAUGAACACUUUGUAAUCCCAAAAAUUGAAAUAAUUGAGGCUGAGUUGAAAGAGUUCACUCUGCCACUCAAUAUUUUGGAACCAAACAAGCAAGAAUCAGAGCCUAUUUUACAAAAACUUGAUGCAACUAUGUCAUCUGUAAUAAUACAAGACCCAAGCAUGACUGAGUGUCCAAGUUUGCUGCCCACGCAGAAAGGUAUGCAGGCUGAUAAUAACCUCUCGCCUACAAAGAAAUUGAAGGAAGUUGCGCAAUUAAUUGGUAACACAGAAAUGUUUGAGCGAGAGCAGCCACAAGUGAAAAGCAGUGAACAGCUCCCUCCCAUGGACUUUACAUCAAUUCCUGUUAUAAGUGUUUCUUGUACUGAUGACAAGGAGGAUGAUAUAUGUGUAAACACACACACUUUAGACACACCACAGUCUUUUGAAACUCCAACAUUGCCUUUAUUCGUGGUGCCACCGAUCUCUAUCACUUGUCAUGAAAGUGAUUCUGCACUCAGACUGUCCACCCAAAGUGAGACUGAAACAGAAACUUCUUCUGCCACGCAAAGGGGAGUAACAGAUGGUGUUGCCAAUAAUAUGACCAUUAAGCCUGAAAAAACUCAAAGCAGAGAACAGAACUUAGAAGACACGGCAGAAAAGAUUAUAAAAGAGAACCCCUCUACUAUACUAUAUGAAGCUCAAAUACCAAAGGUUGGUGACAAUGGGCUUUCAUUCAUUAAAACAAAAGAAGACAACAUUGUCCCAGAAAUCUUGAAGACAAAACCCCUUAAAGAGGCCAAGAUAGAGAAUUCUAUUUCUGUUGAGGACCUCCCAAGAAACAGAUCGUCUGUUGAUAGACUCUGCUCUAAACCCCCGACACAUCCAUCAUUAAGUCCAGCUAGUCUCCGCAAAUUCAUGUCCAAAGCUGCUCCCGAUUCAGACAAUGAGGCUGUGACGACUGUCCCUGUAAUCACUGUGAGUGACCGCCAGAGUGACAAGGCAGACGACGAUCUAAGUGGAGGCUCAACACCAACAUCGUCCCUUUCCUGUGAAAGCAGUCCACGCCUGAAACGCAGAGACAGUCUUUCACUCAUACGAUCCGCCACGCCUGAGGAGCUGGCCUCUGGAGCUCGUCGUAAAAUCUUCAUCCCAAAAAAUAAAGACGAUGUAGAGGGAGCAGUGGUUGGUGCGCUGGACACUCAAGGCAAGAAGGAGAUCCCCUACAUGUCACCCAGCCAGUCCCGCAGAGCAACCUUACUACAAGCUCCCACGGGACAAAACACCCCACCAAUGGAGAGGCGCUCUCCACUGCUGAGCCGCAGGAAGGUCACCUUGGAGGUGCCAAAAGUCGUGGAGGAGACUCCCACACAAGAGCCAGUCAGCACCAAACGAGAGGAGAAAGCAGCCGAAACGAAGCUGGACCCUUGGAAAGCUCCACAGGUCAUCCGCAAGAUCAGAGGAGAGCCGUUCCCGGAUGCCUCUGGACACCUGAAGUUGUGGUGCCAGUUCUUCAACGUCCUCAGUGACUCUACCAUUAAGUGGUACAGAGAUGAGGAGGAAAUAUUAGAGGUGAAGAGAAGUGGAGGAGAUGAAAGCCAAGUAGCUCUGGCUAUUGUUCUAGCAUCCAGCCAAGACUGUGGGGUAUAUGGCUGUUCGAUCAGUAAUGAAUAUGGGACUGACUCCACUGACUUCCUGCUCAGCGUAGACAUUCUGUCUGAGAUAUUACUAAGAGAAGAUCUGGAAGUUGGAGAGGAGAUUGAGAUGACCCCACUGCUGUUCAGUAGAGGCCUGGCCGACUGUGGCAACUGGGGUGACAAGUACUUUGGCCGCAUCAUGACCGAGAUGGUGCACAUCGGAGAGGGCUGCGCUCACAAAACCAGCAGAGUGAAAGUCAUUUAUGGCUUGGAUCCCAUCUUUGAGUCUGGAAGCGAAUGCAUCAUCAAAAUUCAAAACCCGAUUGCCUAUGGGACCAAACAGGAGAGCAACCUCGCAGAGAGAAAUGGAGAGAUUACUAAGCAAGAAUGCAAAGUCCAAAAUAUGAUUCGAGAAUACUGCAAAAUCUUUGCUGCUGAGGCAAGAGUUAUUGAGAACUUUGGCUGUUCACUUGAAGUGAUUCCUCAGUAUCUGAUGUACCGGCCUGCAAACUCUGUGCCAUAUGCCACGGUGGAGGCCGAUCUUAAAGGUGUCUUCCUCAAGUAUUGUAUGGUGGAUCCUAAAGGCAGACUGAUAACGAGAACAGCUUCUGAGGUGGAGCAAAAAUGCAGCACCUUCCAGCAUUGGAUCCAUCAGUGGACACACAGCAAUUUGCUGGUCACUCGGCUGGAGGGUGUUGAAACGAAGAUUACAAAUGUUAGAGUUGUGACCAAGUCAAAAGGAUACCAAGGACUAACAGAGUAUGGCUCUCCUGAAGUAUUUGAACAGUUCCUGACACACCAUCAGUGUAACUACUACUGUGGACUUCUUGGGCUGAGACCACUUAAGACUAUGGAUAGUCUGCAGCAAUGCACCAAGGUGAAGGGCUCCAGGAGUCCCCUGCUCAACCGCAAGUUGGGCUCUAGCAGCCCACAGCUUCAGCGGAAAGGACAAAGCCCUCAGAUGUUUAGAAAGGCAAAUUCUAGUCCAAAGGUAACUAGAAAAGUUCAGGACACGGAGGACAGUAAAUCAGGUGCCAUACUCAAACCUGCAGAAAGUGUUGAUGAUCUUGAAAUGAGGUAGGAAAUAGUGCCUCUUUUGUGACAAGAGAUAUUUUAUUGCUUUUAAUGAUUCAGUUUUAACUGUUUCUUUCCAGUUACCAAAGCCAGCAAAGACCCGAACAGUAAGAUUAUAUGAAAAUGAAUUGUCAGUACACCUGACUUGUCAUACAGAAUUACUGCGAUUUCAGUCACCAUUACAGUUCUACUAUGAGACGUUCAUCCUCGAACUAUAUGCCGUUGUUUAAAGCACAGGGUUUUUGACUUUAAAGCUCCCAAAUAGCGUACAGCAUCAGUGUUUUUAACUUAAACUUGCCCGAUAUCAGACUGAAUCGUCAACUCGUUAAACUCCGUUUCCAUCUACAGAAUCAGUCAACUCGGUGGAGUGGGUUGAUUCAAUCCCCCACCCCAGGAAAAACUACAAAACAGUAUGAAAAACCAACACUGGGCCACAUUGGAGUUGACAUAAUGCUAAUAUUUGGUUUGAAACACUUGCUUCUGUCUCUUAUUAGCUCUAUGAGUAGAGAAACAACUCUCCAAGCAAUAUCUGUCAACUCAAAAUGAUCAGCACUGGACCGCACGUUACACUGAAAAACCUUUGCUGAUUUCUUUUAAUUAAGGGAUGUCACCAUUUUAGUGGUUUGCAUCAAAGCAUCAUGGAGAAGAAAACCCAUAGCCACAGAGGUGUCUGAGGUAAUGUAGCCAUCUUACAUGCUGCAAGUUCAUCUGUGAUGUACAGGAUGUGUGUAGGAUGUAAAGUCUAUUUUGGAAAUCUUAUUUAUGGUUGGUAUUCGAACUGCUCGUGUGCCAUUUCUUUACACAGCAAAGUUGAGCUCACGCUGUUGAAUUGCAGCACCAUUUUUAGGUCAAAGAUGUUUGUGUGCACUUUGUUUUUGGCAUUACUUUUGAGUAGUUUUGGAGUAUUUGUUGUUUCUGUGUCUUUAAUAAGUACUUUUAUAGUGUUUUAGAAUAUGUGCUGGUUAAGGCCACUGUCAAACGAUCAGCAGUAAGGGGCUUACCAGUAAACUCUUUAACUAUGGUAUGCUCGCGCUCAUUGACAUGCAAACCUGUGUGUUCCCAGUCACAUGGAAAGCUGUGAAAUGAGUUCAACACUAUUGUUUGGGCCUGACAAAUGGACUUUUGGGAUAAAAGCACGCUGAACAAAAUAACUAAAAUAGCAGAUUCAUAAUUUUAAGAAGCCUAUUGAUCACCAAGUAAGGCUCCCUGCAUGAAAUAUGUGCAAUUUUACUGCAACUGCCAAUCACCUUUCACUGAACAAGAGAACGAGAGAGCAACAAGUGAGUUUUACAGUACAGUUGGUUGGCAGUAACCCGACCAAUCUUAAGCAUUGCCUAUUCUUUUUAUUCUAACCUUUUUUAUGAGUAUGGACUUGAAUAAAAGUGGAAUGAAAGCCAUUCUGUUAUCUCAUGGGUUUACACAGGUGUUCAUUGUUAAAUUCUUAAACUGGAGUCAGGAAUUUCGAAUAAAAAAGAACUGGUGUCUAUUAAAUUUUACUGGUUAAUGAUAAACAAGAGUUUUGCUCCAAUUACUAUAAUAGCCACUUUCAAACUUCAGCUGCUGUUACGUAGAAAAACAUUGUAAGUGCAUGGUUGUUUAUGAUAGAAACCCCAAAAUCUAAAAUUAAAAAAAAAAAAAAAAGAUGAAAUGAGAUUGACAUAUUAUAAAAUCUACAGAAGCUAAGAAUGGCCACAGCUGCGAUUAUAUUUUUAGUGCUGUUGCGUCACAAGUUAAUUAUUGUCAUGUCAUGAUAAGCAUGCUGGUUUUCUCGUGGUUAAAUCACCUCAUCAUCUUUUCCUCAUUAUCAUGAGAUAACAUGAUAAUGAGAUGAUCAUGUUCAUCAGCGAUCAGCUGUGCCAUGCCAGCUUGCAUAACUGAUAUAAGCCAAAAAUCAGAUCAGAGAGAAGCCAUCAUUAUCAAAAACUUCACCUUAAACUUAUUUGAUUUACAUACACACUUUAUUAUACUACUAAAACAGCCAUCAGUGUCUUUUCUGUUCCCUUUGCCAGCGAGAAUCCUUUUGGUGCUAGCCUACUAGUCAGUAACACAUUCAACUUAGAUGCAAGCCUCCUCACAAAUGUCUCACUCUAAAAGGUUUGUGCAGACAACAAUUGUUGUUACACUUAUCCACAUUGUUACACUUAUCCCCUACGAUAGCCUAAUUAGCCAUAAAGUAACUACCAUUGCAUCAAAUCACUAGCAAAAACAUCCAUCCACAAAAUAUAGCAUAUGGUUUGCUUUGAAACUCAAUCUAUUUUGAGAUGAAGAGAUAAGUUAACUACACGGGAUUAUCAAAAUAAUUAAUUUGUGAAAUCAAAAUAACGCCAUUAAAAAUAAAAUAAAAUAAAUAACUGCAAACACGGCUGUUUUUGUUUCCGCUUUCAACAGUUGAUGGUGAUAACAUGAAGGUGUGGAGUCAAGCAAGCAAACUGCUGUAUUGUAUUUAUGUGUAUAUAAAGUCAAAGCACUAUGUAUCUGAAGUAGUGUGGAGAAAAUGUAAACGUGAGUGUGUGUGUGUGUGAGUGAGUGAGUACAUGAUUAAGUAAUUAAGAAAGAAGAAUAAAUGGGUGUUUACAAUUUGUGUUGUCUUUGCUAUGUUCUAUCAAGUCAAUUAAUGUUUUUUUUAAUAAAUAUAUAAAAAAUCA